AGAUUUCACACUAAGCCAUUUUCUCCUCUAGCAUGUCUGUAUGUACAAACCCUUACUCCGUAUCGUUCUCGGCAUACAGUACAACGUACUUGGGUACGCCUAACAAGACGAACGAAUGGUUAACUUGACAUAAAAUGCCUCCAUAUGCCGUCAGAACGCAGCUAAAAAGGAAACGAAAAAAAUAUGAACCGUGGUUGAGGCUCUCCGCUGCCCCAACCGUGAGAAAACAGCCUUACCACAAACGGUCAUAUUGUCUUGCAGGUUCUGACUUUUCGCGUUUCUGCUUAGUAGUCGUUAUCAAUCAGCCGGGCCUUCAUUCGCUGAUCGAGUAUAUUAAAGGCUCACAUCCUGCAUGGGUUUCCCACUUUGUUAGAAACGAUUACUAUGCGAUAUGCUGGAUGUAAAUGCCUCAAUUGUUCAAGUGCGUCGGUUAUCGUAGGGCACACUACCG